AUGGCUACUCAGAUCAAUUCCUCUCAAGGUCAACACCUUCCGCACACCUUUGGCCUGUGGAGCGGCAUAAGUAUAGGAUGGCUUACCAUCAAUUCCUUCGGUGGAAUAUCCUUUAUCUUGUUCAUCAGUCUCUCAGCUGGUGGUCUUCCUACUCUCAUCUAUGGCUACACGGCGUCAAGUCUUUGCGUCAUGUGUAUCAUGCUCGUCUUCGCGCAAUGUUCUGCAAGGUUCGCUACUGCUGGCGGCGCUUAUCACUAUGCCGUCUUUCUGACCCCUGAAAAGUACAAGCGACAGGUUGCCUAUCCUCUCGGCUGGCUGAACUAUGCUGGCUGGGUCCUGACUCACGCGGCCUGCUGUGCUGUUACUGCCACCUUGUUUCUCGGACUGAUCAAUCUCUGCGACGCGGACUUUGACGUGACUGUUCGAUGGCGUCUGUUUGUCGCAUACAUGAUUGUUGCAAUGGGCUGUUGGCUCGUUAACCUCUUUGGACUGAGGGGUAUUCCCACGCUGGAGAAUAUUGGCUGCUGGGCAACCGCGAUUGGUUUCGUGGCUUUCUCUGUGCUGCUUCUUGUCAAGGCUCCAAAAGCUUCCGCAAGUUUCGUCUUUGUAGAAACGAGCAACAGAACUGGAUACUCUUCUACGGGAUUCGCUGUCCUACUCGGACUGAUGAAUAGUUUCUCAACUCUGAUGGGUCUCGAUGGGCCAGCGCAUCUGGCUGAGGAGAUUCCACAGCCUAAGCGGUUUCUCCCCCGCAUCAUGAUCAUCGUCAUCCUCAGUCAAUUUGCAAUUGGUCUUGUUUGGAUUCUUGUCCUUGGCUUUUCUGUCAAAGACUUGGAUGCUAUUGUUGCAACAUCUACUGGAGUCCCCGUGCUCGAAAUCAUUCGACUCGCCACUGGCAGCCGGGCAGCAGCAAUAGUGUUUUGUUGCAUUCUACUCGUGAACAUGGUCGCAUCAUCUCUCGGUUCGGCCAUUACGAUGAGUCGUCAAGGUUAUGCAUUCGCCCGAGAUAAUGGUCUCUUCUGGAAUGACAAGCUGGUGCACUUAUCUCCCCACACAAACCUUCCUGUGUGGUCGAUCAACCUCUCAUGUGUGAUCGUGUUUGCUAUUGGUCUAAUUUAUCUUUUCUCGCUCACCGCAUUCAACGCAAUAAUCGGUGCACAAGCUGUUUGCCAGAUCAUUAGCUUCGGGUUUCCCGCACUUAUCCUUCUGUUAACCAAAAGAUCAAUGCUCCUUCCAAGUCCCCGCUGGGAUUUUGGAGGUUGGUCAAAUCCGGUAUACAUUGUUGCUAUUCUAUACUCUGUCCUUGUUAUCAUCGUGGCAUUCAUCCCGCAAACCCAUCCUGUGACUGCCGAUACUAUGAACUAUACCGUCUUGAUCAUGACAUGUUUGGCUGUUGCAAUGAUUGCUGGGUGGCUGCUCGAGGGCCGCGGCAAGUUCUCCCCUCUCAACAACGUUGAUAUAGAUUCAGAUAUCCAGGUCAUUGAGGGCUUGGAAGAAGAUGUCGAGCAAUGCGUCCAGGACAAGCGACAAAAGGCUCACGUCAAAGCCCACGACCAGGCUGCAUAG